AUGUUUUUCAAGGGCAAUAAACGCAAGACAAUCGUGGACAACGACGCCCGCAGUAGUGAUGUAAAGCGGUCUUUCUUACGCAGGAUCACGCCCACUCCCUACAUCAAUCGCGCGGACCCAAUACCUUCAGAACUGAGCCUCGAGUAUCUGAACGAGAAUGACUACAUCAAUCUUUCGUCAAUCUCUGCCCCGGAUCCUGGUUUCGGAUAUGGUAAGCACACUACGCCAGCAGUUGCAUACCGUCACUAUAAGAAGACGAAUACAAUGCCAGCCAGUGGUGAAGUCAUUGCGAUCGAAGAGGACCUUCAUAUCCACCCCAUCUUCUCCAGGGACAUGUGGGAGACACAGGAGAUUGCCAGUGCUUCCAAUUCACACUGGGAUACCUUGAAGCCAGUAUGGCAGCUCGCUACUUUGCUCUUAGAGGAGAAGGUCAUGUCAGGCUACUUGGUUGGCAUGCUAGAUCGAGGCUCACAUUACAAGAUUGAGAUGUCUGACGCCAGCCCGGAAGUCUACUGGUUCCAGGUCAAAGAAAGACCAUCGAAGCAGGAACUCUGGCUCUUGUGGGAGGACAUAUGGGACCUGAAGGAUAGUAUCAGGUUUGCCGCUCUCGAAGUCAUAGAAGCCAAGGAUCAUGACGUGUUUGGUAUCUCACGGGUAAAUGAUUCACGUCCAGGGUUGAGCAAGAAUGGCGUAGGCUCAACGAUCCUUAUCAACGAGAACAUCCUCAACAUCCUAAUAUCUAGAAACAAGUCUUCUCAAUUCUCCACCUUUUGGAUCCCCGGUACCGAUGACCCAUCCGCGGACCUCCGUCUCCAAUAUUGCCUCGCUGCAACUCUCGUUCACGAGAUCAUACACUCUCUCUGGUUCGCCCGAUUUGGUGCUCACGUCCGCGAGCCCUUCUAUCGCGAUACUCGCUUCGCAGAAUUGGGAUGGCAGUUCGAGUCCAUGCUGUUCGAUGGCGCCAUAACAGCCAUUUGCGAUAGGCCAACUUUGGCCUAUGGCCUCAAUAUCAAGGAUUGGCCAGGUAGUAUCACAAGAGUCACGUAUCCGCUGUUGCUAAACUACGGAUGUCAAGGUAGCAAGAGGGCAGAGCUGUUCCCAGUUGACAUGAAGUGGAUAGCCCAGUUUUGGAAGCAGGACUUUUGGGACAAGGUGGAGAAGCACGGGUCUAGUCAGUUUAUAUGUCCGAGGGCUGAUAAUGGUGUAUACUGUAGAGCUUGA